UUUGCUUUAUCCAACAACAAAAAAAAAAAGCUGUCUCUAUCCCAAAUCUUAUCCAAAGGCCAGGACCCGGCAGGCAGAGGCCGAGGCGCUAGCGGUGCUGUGGGAAAGCGAAGAUGGACGCAUCACUGCUUUCCUCCACAAGCAUGCGGAUUAUUACUCUUGUAAUCAGGAUCGUGACCGCCGUCACACUGCUUGCGUCCCUCGUGCUCCUUCUCAUCAUAUCUCAACCAGUAAAAGAUCUCAACGAACGCGGAGAGGUUAAGGAAACUUGGAUCAUGCGCUUUUAUCACAGAGUUCCAUUCCGAUAUACGGCUGCAACGAUUAUUAUUGGAGCUGCAUAUUCAAUCUUCCAGAUCGUAUGUGCAAUUCUCCGCUUAGCCAAAAGAAAUGAAGGGAAUGUCAUUUUGGAUUUCUUCGGUGAGGAGGUUUUGUCGAAAUUAUUAGUUUCAGGAGCUGUUGCAGGGUUUCUUGGGUCGUCAGAGCUGGUGAAAGGUUGGGAAGAGUAUGGCGCGAAUAGAGAAGACAUAAACUCGUUUACGAACAAGACAUAUGCAGCAAAUGGACUUGUCCUCCUUAGUUUCUUCUUUAGUUUUGUAUUAUCGGUCCUCUCUUCAUAUGCACUCGCCAGGAAUAUAUCAUUUUCAGAGACAUAACUAUCAGUUUGCUGUUCAUUAAUCAAAUUCUUAAUUACCUUUUUUUUUUGUUUAAAUCGUCCUCUGUGAUGUGUGAUUCUCUCUCAAGUAGUUUGUUUUGCUCUUUUGGAAUU